AUGUCCACCGCCCAGAACGCGACCACCGCGCCGGAGGAGCCCAUCCUCUGCACCAAGUGCCCUCACGAGCCGGCGCGGAUGGAUGUCAUGAUGUCUCUCUCGCACGACCCUAGCAAUCCGCGCGCGUACGUCCACACCGGGCCCAGGGACAAUCUUGUUGAGAUUAAAGAAGACAUCACCAAUGGCACCAAAAAAAUUGUCACUUUGGUUUUCGAGUUUCCGCUCCGCCCCCAUGAUCCAGCCUGGAUUGAGAAGAGGUGCCGGACCUGGGGAAUCAACCGGGAAAUCUUCCUAGCCUCGGAGAUUGGUGACCCAGUUCGGUAA